AUGAGUGCCGAUGCGUUGGACGCGAGGGCUUCCCCUAUUUGGGACUUUCGCAGAAAUGCGAGCAACCAACUUGUGGUUCUAUGCAAGAUUUGUGCAGAUGGGAUUGAGCGGAACGGAGCGCUGAGCCAUCGAACCCGCCACGAGAGCAGUCAAGCUCAUAAAAGGGCCUUACAGAGACGCAAUGAAGCAGUGGACGAGGCAGAGCUUUUUCUGCGUGGUGCGAGCAGCGUCGAUCCGGCACAAAAUACCACUAUCUCAGACAAGGACAUCGCGGAUGAAGGGCUCAGGAAUCUCCUAUCCUCAUUGGGGGGCGGUGUAUCUCAUCCUUACCCCGUCCCAAACACGGAGCCAGACUACCAAACUGACUUGCAAUUGGAGGGAGCGAGCUCAAACUCAGUUCUUGGAAUCAGCUGGAACAUGAUUCAAGCGCGCAGCGACACCGAAUUUGUACUUUCAGCUGAUGACCGAGCUGUUGCCUCUCUCACAAAUGCGAUUCUUCAACGCUUCGACCUUGAUGCGUUCUCGGAUGAUGACGAGAAUGAGCGUUCUGAGAAUGAUCUGGAUACGGAACCGCAUGACGAUGAGUCCCCUUCGCGCACUCAAAACCUAGAUCCACAAUCGGAUGGUUUACCGCCGCCUCCGAAGCGACCUCGUGGUGACCAUGAGCAUGAGUCCGAGGCCGCCCGUCUUUACUGGCAUCCUUGGGAAGAUCGAAUUACUUGCACACUGGAUAUUCUAAUGCACCUGCCCCGUUCGGUCUUCUCACAACGCCAACUCGAUCUCUUCCUGUGGCUGCUCAAAGUCAAUAACAUACCCUACGUACCGUCAAUCAAGCAAAUGCAAAGAUUAAAUCUCGGACUCCAGAAACUCUGUGGCAUCGAAACGAUAGCGUAUAACGGCGCUCUUGGUCACAAAUAUUUUGUGAAUAAUAUCGCUCAGAUAAUUGCGCAGGAAAUGGCAAACCCUAGAGUUCGAAGACAUCUCUCAUUUUACCCAGAAGAUUCCGGCUCAAAAUUAUCGGAAGCUCGACAGGGUCAGCGGUGGCUGAAUGAGAUUCCCGAUACUCAGACAACGCCCAUGGCCCGACUUCAUGGCCAUGAUUAUUACAUUUACGAGCCGUGUAUGGCAUCGGCUGCGGAGGCAACAGCACAAUUUGUCAUUCCCACCCGGUGGUUUACUCGCGAAGGAUCUCUGUUUGCCAGGUGUUGGAGAAUGAUUCCAGUUGCGAGUGAUUGCGGUUCUGGUUGGCGUGUUAUCAAGACCGUCAGCGUUGAUAUUCCGGCCUCGCACUUCUUCAAGAAUUUUCUGGGAUUUCAGGCCGAUGCCGGCGUGUAUGGUGUUCCUCACCCAUCAUAUAUCAUUGAUGUUGUCGACACAAACGCUGCUCAGCCCAGUGUUCCCUGGACAUAUACCAACGCCGUUCUCGGUAAUCCAUGGCGCGCAAAAGCGAAGGGAUGUCGCGUUGUUUCAUUCCCAAUGUGGCUCUACUGCGAUGAUACCUCUGGGAAUGUUUCCAAAAAAUGGAACAAGCAUAACAGUUUCUUGAUGACUCCUGCUGGUCUGAACCGUCAUGAGAGCCAGAAAGAAUUCAAUAUUCAUUUCUUGUGCACGUCAAACCUCGCCCCUCCGCUGGAAAUGAUGGAUGGAGUUGUAGAACAGCUCGAACAUGGCCAGGAAAACGGAAUUUGGGCAUGGGAUAUCGUCCUUCAGGAGGCAGUACUUGUCAUCCCGGAGGUUCUGGCUCUGCUCGGAGAUAAUCCAAUGCAAAAUCAAGACGAUUUGCAGCCUCAGCGUUCUGCUGGUAUCAGCCCCGCUACUCAAAACGCAUCCGAUGUUGGCAGUGACGGCGAUGCAAGCAGUGUUGGGGCACAGAGCGAUGACAGUUUGAACAGCACCACCAAGUCGCAGAAGAAACGGGCAGCAGCAGGGAAGCGAGCAUUGGAGACAAUGGGACAAAUGGUAACACGCGUCAAAGCGUUCAUGACGAUCAGCCGCUUGCGCCAGAAAUCCGAGACAAUAGAACACUUGCGCUCUGAAUUCAUUACUGCUUCUACUACUGUGGACAAGAAGACACAGAUCAAGCAACAGCGUACCGAGACCGGGAUCAAAGAUACUUUCCAACAGUUUUUUGUGGAGAAGUUAUUCGACUCGCACAAAAAUAAGCGCGGACAGCCGGCCCGUUUGGAAGCGCUUCGAAUUCAGGCCGACGCUCUGCCCGCCCCUGACAAGACGAUGAGUCCAGUUUGGCGAAUCAAAGGAUUGGACCCACAUCAGGACACACCCGUCGAAAUUCUCCAUGUGGUUCUCCUUGGAUUUGUCAAAUAUCUUUGGCGCGAUCUCAUUCAGAUUCAAAUCAAGAAUAAGGACGACAAGAAGGAGCUCCUUGUCACACGUUUGAACUCAGUCGAUACUCACGGACUUGGAAUAUCUCCCUUGGCUGGCCGAACUCUUGUUCAAUAUGCAGGCUCUCUAACUGGUCGGGAUUUCCGUGCAAUUGCCCAGGUGGCUCCUUUCACUGUCUAUGACCUUGUCGCGCCGGAAUGUUUUGAAACUUGGAAGGCGUUAUCAAAACUCGUCCCUCUCAUUUGGCAACCAAAAAUUGACGACAUCGAGAUAUAUCUGGACCGCUUGACUCGCGAGAUCGAUCACUUUCUUUCUUGUGCUGCGCGAUGGACUAACCGUUGGUUUAAUAAGCCCAAAUUCCAUAUCUUGCUUCACUUACCAGCGCAUAUUCGGCGAUUCGGGCCUGCCAUCUUGUUUGCAACAGAGGCCUUCGAAUCAUUCAACGCUAUAAUUCGUUCAAAAAGCGUUCAUUCGAACCGCCAUGCACCUUCGCGUGAUAUUGCGGCAGGUUUUGCCCAGGGCAAUCGCGUACGGCACUUGCUUAGCGGAGGGCUCUUCCGAUCCAAUCCCAGUCAGACCAGUAACUCCUCGCAAGGAGAUUGGAUUUCAGCCGGACCAGGGCCGCUUGCUCUCGUCGAAGGCACGGUCGCCUCUUAUCUUGGACUUGCUGAGGACAAGGGACGUAAAGUGGGAGGUGUUAGCGAGUGCAUAGAUAAAGGGGUCUUAAGACGUGCCGCAGAGACGGUCACUGCUAAGCACAUAGCAGCCUGGAACAACCAGACUGGGCUGUUCAAGUCAUGGAACCGACUGGAACUGCUAAAUGGCGAUCGUUGCGGGCUGCGAUCUUAUGUCCUCACCCGAAGGGAUUCGCAAACGAGAGUCUGUCGUUUGGAGGAGCUAUUGCAACGACCAGGGUCGGUCAACAGUAUAUCCGAGCUGCCUGACAUCAUCUUGCUGCAAGAGGCCACUGUGGAUCCAAGCCUUGGACAAUACGGGAUGCCGCGAUUGGUGUUAUCAGGGCGGUGGUACAUCACCUGCCUCGAGGACAUUCUCUGUUCUGUGAACGUGCAACACAAUUGCAUCAAGUAUAAGUGUGACACCUCGGGCUCAGUCCCAGUCUAUCAGGAACGUGUCAAGACGACUCAAACACAAGCUCAGAUUCAUCACCGGGGGGAUCGUGAUGAUGUGGUCUUGAAUACGGCCCAGAUGCGAGAUGCCUUGUAUCUCCAGACGUUUCGGAUCGACGCGCCACCCCCAAACCUCGAAAUGGUCGUUCACGAGAGUGCCGCCAAAGAAAUAUCGCUCCGGCAGGGCUCAAAGGGCCGGACAAACACUCCAGCAUUACCGUCAAUCACUGCUGCUCGUCCCAUUCCGAUGGCUGCUCGUCCAGCUUCGAUGUUGUUGCCAAGCGGUGCAAGAUUGCUGUCGCAUUCAAGUGUGCCAAUUCACCACCCCGGAUUGCCGCACGGUUCCUCCUCUCUCUCACACAGUCAACAGUAG